UAAAUAUAAAAUACCAAAAAUAGCCCCUGACCAAAGCGUGUAAACAUAACCCAAACCUGGUACUCAUAAAACUUACUUUACCCGGAUCUAAUUAAAUCCAAGGCACAAUGAUAUCCUCACUCAGCCAAAAAGCCCUAAACACAUUCCGAAGCCUCUCACAUCGGCCACCACCGGCUGGGUUUUUUCCGGUCGGACUGGUAGAUGGUUUUGGGUUAGACAAAAAAACUGAGUUGGUUUUUUUUGUUUUUGGUGGGGUCUAGGUUUUGUUUUUAAGAAGGGUCGGUUAGGAUCAUCUUCACAAGCUAAAGAAGGUGGGUAACUCAAAUGGAGCUGUAUUAGGUUGCCUUCUGCGAGCACGGAUCGAUGGGCUUGGUGGUGGUGCUGUGCCGGAUCGUGACCAUCGGUGGGAUUGCGGUUCUCUUUGGGGCUUCGACGAAGGUUGCGGAUGAUUUGGUUUGCAAUUGAGACGAUGCAGCAAGCUAGGGAUCAGCUUCUGGUGGUGGUGUUGCACUUUGGGUUUGGAUCUAAAUAGAUCCGAAUGGCGAAGUAGUUGGUAUGGGGUUGAGGUUGGAACCAGCGGUGUUUGGGUGGCAGAGAUGGUGAUGGUUGGUUGCUGGUGAUUUUACGAUGUAAAACUGGGGGCUACAGCUGGCUACUGUUUACCAUGUCAAUCUUUGGAGAAUGAUUUCUCUGACACAAACAGCGUGUGGGACCUAUUUUCUGUAAACGAGAGCAUAGGAAAAACCCCUGGAAGAUUUCAUUCCAAACCCAUUUUUUCAACCUUUCUUCCUCCGCCUCCUCCCUCUCCACUGCCAUUUUCAUCUCCUCCUCCUCUGAACAGGUAUAAGUACCUUUGUACACUAUGCCUCCUAAAGAGAAAGCAUAUUAAGUAAGGCAUGUAGAUGAGGCUGCAGCUCCAGAGCAUGGCCAUAGGCAACGUUGAGAGCGUGAGAGAUCUGUCACUCCUGAUGGUGGUGAGAUUGAUGAGGUGGCAGACAGGAUUUAUGCUAGGAUUGCUAGAGCUGUCCAGGGUCGUGAACGUAGUAAGGAGGGUUGCUCUUUUGGGGAGUUUCAUAAGCAAAAACCCCUAACAUUUAAUGGGGAGCUUGAUCCUAUGGCACUAGAGAAUUGGCUGCUAAAGAUGGAAAAAUUACUGAGAGCCCUUGAAUGCACAGAUGCUAAGAAGGUGGUGUAUGCCACUUUUGCUCUUCAAGGUUCUGCUGAGAGAUGGUGGAUAGGUACUAAACGUUUGUUGAGGAUAGAGUUGGGAGAGAAUACUCCUACUACUUGGGAGAAGUUUAAGGAAGUUUUUAAUGAGACAUAUUUCCUCGAUGUAGUGAGGGACAGCAAGGCGAGAGAAUUUUUUGAUUUGGUUCAGGGGACUAUGGCUUUGGAAGAAUAUGCCACUAAGUUUGUUGAGCUCUCUCGCUUUGCUUCUUACUUGAUUCCGGAUGAGCCCAAGAAGGUGAAAAAGUUUUGGGAAUGCCUUAAUGGUAGGAUUCUCCCCCUCAUUAUAGCCUUUGGAGUGGAUACUUUUAUUGAGACUGUGAAGCGGGCAAUGAGUCUUGAAGAAGACUUUAAGUGCAACCUUGUCUCCAAGAAUGAUGAAAAGAAGCAAGAACCCUUUGGUUCCCAACAUGGAGAGGGCCAGGGGCAAAAUUCAAAGAAGGGAUUCCUUAAAAAGUUUGGUAAUGGGGAUCAUUCUUAUGGGCAAGGCAAGGGUAGCCCUCCUCAGUUUGGUAAGAAAUGGCCUUGCAUUCGUUGUGGUAAAACCCAUGACAGUCAAACUUGCAUGGAAGGAGUAAAGGUGUGCUACACUUGUAAGAAACCCGGACACUUUGCUAGGCAAUGCCCAACUACCAAGGUCUUGGGUUCCUCUUCCACACCCCAGUUUGUUAAGGGUAAUGAUGAUGAGAAAAGAGUAAAAGGUAGAGUGUACGCCUUGACUACUCCGGAUGCUCAAGCCACGGAUACAAUGGUGACAGGUAUACUUCCUUUGUUCUCCACACAUGCUAGAGUUCUUUUGAUCUUGGUUCCACACAUCAUUUUGUUUCUAGUGUCUUACUAAAAGUUGUGAUAAGAGAUUGGAACUACUUGAUUUUAAGUUAUUAGCUUCUACCCCAAUUGGUGAUAUUUUAUGGAAUAAUCUUGUGCUUAAGUCUUGUAUCUUUUGGGGGUAGAGAGUUAAUGGUAAAAAAAAAUAAAUGGUGUUGCUAGAUAAGCAUGAUUUUUAUAUGUUAUCCUAUGCAUGGAUCAGUUGGCUUUUUGUCAUGCUUGUAUGCAUAUUUAGGGAGAAUGAUGGGUCUAUGAGGUUACCAACUACCAUAAUCUAAAUUGAGUUACCACUAAGAGUAAAUAUCAUUUGCCUUGCAUUGAUGACUUGUUUGACUAGUUGGAAAGAGCACAAUUAUUUCUAUGAUUGAUCUUGUUCUGGUUUCCACUAGUCGAAAAUUUGGGACAUACCAAUGGCAGCCUUUUGGAUUAGGUAUGGUCAUUACAUGAAUGAUGCUGUUUGGAUUAACUAAUGCCCUUCUUUAUGAAUUUUUGAAAUAUGGCAUUUCAUGAUUAAUGGGAUUGUUUUAUCAUUGUGUUCAUUGAUGAUAUUUUGAUUUAUUCUAAGAGAAAUAAGUUGUUUACUAAACUGUGGAAGUGCAAAUUUUUGUUGAAUCAAGUAGUGUUGUUAGGUUAUGUGAUGUCUAAGAAUGGAAUUACAUUGGAUCUUAGUAGGAUAUAGAAUUAUGAGAAAUAUUUCCUCACAUGACUUGAAGUAGGUUGCCGUUUUGUAUGUUUGAAAAUUUGGAGAUAUGAUUUGUAUGAGAGAUAUGAUAUUCGUAUGAAUCAUAAAAGUUUAGAGUAAUUAUUUGACCAGAAUGAGCCAAUACAUGAGACCAUGAAAUGAUUUGAAUUGUUUAAGUACUAUGAUUACAUUAUUAGCUAUCAUCUCCGCAAGGCUAUGUCAUUAUUGGUGCACUUAGUAGAAAGUCUCUAGUUAUUUUUUCUUUCAGCUGCUUUGCAUACCACUUAGAGGAAAAUCCUUAUUGAUUUAGAAAGGUUGGGAGUUGAGGUUGAAUAGGCCAUUCAGAGGCCUACUUGGCUAGUUGAAAGUUCAACCAACUCUAGUAAAGAGAGUGAAAUUGUUGCAAGGUAGUGACUCUUAUUUGAUAUGGAUAAGGUGAGUAAUGGAAAGAGAUCUAAGUUUACUAUGAGGGGAAGAAUGUAAUGCCCCAGCCCACUAUUUAAAAAAAAAGGGGGGGGGGGGAUCAAAUUUUUUUAAAGAGCCACACAUGACCCACCUACCCCUUAUUUCCCCGCCACACACCACUCACUCAUAAAUAUCUCUCCUUAUUUGGCUAGUCAACCAAGGGUCUUUUACAUCUUUCUUUCCUUUUCAUUCUCCUCACAAACACUCCUCUCUCACACUCCCUUACUAUCCUGCCGGUACCACUUCCACCACCAUUUUUUUGGCAAAAUCACCGCAAAACUCCAUAGGAAAAAGAUUCUAGCUAAUCUCCUUUGGAGCUUGGAGAGUUAAGUUUUUUGCGGGUUGCAGUGGAAGUAGCUUUGUAAUGGGAUAUUUUUGGAAAAUCACCAUGUUGCAUAAAACAUUAUUUUUGGGUUAAACACAUUUUGGGAAAUUGUUUAUGGAAAAUAUAUUUUCCUAGAAAGCUUUAUGUUGUAACUUUAAUAUAUGUGAUUAUUUGUGAAAAUGGCAUCAUAUUAUGCAUAUGGGGAAAUGCAUGAUUUGUUAGCAUGGAAAAGAUUAGCAUCGUUGAUUAAAUUCUUGAGAAUGAAUUUUAUUUCUUAUUGCAUUAUUUGCAAAAUUAAAGAUGCUUUGAUAUUUGGGAAAAUUGAUACAAAAUCUUUUUGACAAGAAAUGAGUUUGAAGGCUUUGAGAACUUUGUAAAUAUUUUGGAUAUUUCAAAGAUAUUUGUGAAUCUACUUGAAAUUGAACUAUGUUUUGAUUUCAUAUAAAUUGUGAGCUCUUUAUAUUUUUACCCUUGGGCUGUGACAUGUGAUUACCCAGUUAGAUACUAUUGUCUGUGUGACCUUGGUAUCUUAGCACUCGUCUUUGUGAUGCUUAUUAGUUAUGGCUUUGUGUUUGCAAUGAGUUCCGGCUUUGUGUUGGUAGAUUAGUUUAGGUUUUGUGUUGGCGAUGAGUUCUAGCUUUGUGUCGAUAAUGAGUUUCGGCUUUGUGCCGGCGAUUGUCAUGUGGUCUUGGGUUAGAUUUUCUGAUUUGGAACGGUGUUGUUAUUGCUCACAGUGUAUAGUACAUAGUUUCAUGUUCAAAUAUUUUGAGGAAUAUAUAAUAUGUAAUUUCCUGAGAGCAUCUUGAGAAGCUUUGUGCUGUGUGAAUUUAUUCAUUCUUGUCAUAUUAUUUUUGGAAAUGUUUUCAUAGAAUUUACUUGGAAAUUCCCAAAUUAUAACAUGCUUUGUAACUGUUCAUCGUUAUGAAACUUGCAUUUCCCCCGUCCUCAUUAAUUAUGCUAUUUACUGGGCCCUGUCUCAUUCCAUCAUUUUACAAACUUUUUUAGAGUAGGCAAUGAUCAUUCUGAGACAACUCUUUGGUGGCUAACAGUAGUUAGACUAACUACUUAUGGAGGCUAAACUUUUGUAAUAGAGAUAUUUAGAUAAUGUACAUUAUAGGGUAGACUUGACUCAUUCUUUUGUAUAUUAUAAUGGUUGUGACUUUAUUUUCACGGAUGGGACACGUUAAUGAUAUGUAAUUGUAUUUAUUCAGACUUCCAUUCUUUUGUGGCCAAUGAACCUUGUAAUUAUUGCAUAGAGCUCUGACUUAC